AUGCUUCUAAAAUCAGUCCUCAGCGGCGUCUUGUCGAGAGUCCCCUUGUCGUCAAUCGCAAGCGUGCAAGACCAGCCGCCGGCCAAGACGCUGCUGAACAUUACGGCUCUGUCUUCCCGCGACGGAUACUCGACAAUCGAAUGUUGGCAGCUGGAUACGGAGGCGGUGUACGCGAGGUCUGCCCUGAACUGGAUCGUGGGCGGGAACACCACUCAGGCGGAGCUGUCCAUCAUCGAGCCGCGGACGACGGUCGGUGAAGCAUGGGCCCCCGCGUUGCAGUUGACGGUUGUCCUAAAUGGCCUCAUCCGCAUCACCGCCCCUUAUAUCCCUCCAGGUGCCAACAGUACGAUCGAGACCCAUGUUGCGUAUGCGAUGCCGGGGACGAUGUCGUCGUCUUUCCUGAUCGCGGCAGAUCUGCCGUCGAUCAGCACGGCCGCCGGGCAUUACACGGAGUUCCCAAGCAAUGACCCGACCGUGUUAGUUCAAGUGCCGUUCUUGGACAAUGAAUUCCCGGCAUAUUCUGUACUACAUGACGGUGCUUGUGUAUGA